CCCUUACAUCACGCCAAGCAUAUGCUCCCUAAUAUUCUGCCCUUCUUCUUUCCUAAUAAAACCUGCACCCGCUCCCACACUUCUUCUCCCUCACUACCAUCAUCACCAAACCCUUCACUUUCUGCCCACUCCGAUUUUGGGUUUUCGGAAACCUGCAGUAUUAGAUGAAGUUCGGGAAAAGGCUGAAGCACCAAAUGCAGGAGACGUUGCCGAGCUGGCGUGACAAGUUCUUGUCAUACAAGGACUUGAAGAAGCUUGUGAGGCUGAUUUCUUCGGCUCCGGCGGUGUUGAAUGGGAAGUCCGGUAAGGCGGAGGCGGAGUUUGUGUACCUGUUGAACAAUGAGAUCGACAAGUUCAAUGCCUUCUUCAUGGAGCAGGAGGAGGACUUCAUUAUCCGGAAUAAGGAAUUGCAGCAGAGAAUUAAAAAAGUAACUGACACAUGGGGACCGAAUGGUAGUCAUGCUUCAAAGACUACAUAUGAAGAUGAAGUCGGGAAGCUUAGAAAAGACAUUGUUGAUUUCCACGGUGAAAUGGUGCUCUUGGUCAACUACAGCAAUAUCAACUACACAGGAUUGGCCAAAAUACUGAAGAAGUAUGACAAGAGAACAGGUGCUCUGCUGCGCUUGCCAUUCAUCCAAAAAAUACUAGAGCAGCCCUUCUUCACCACUGAUCUUAUCUCAAAGCUUGUCAAGGAAUGUGAAGGCAGCAUCGAUGCAGUGUUCCCAGUGGAGGAAGAAGAGGAGAGGAAAAAAGAAGUAAGGGAAGCAAUAACAGUUGGCGGGGAAGGAAUAUUUCGAAACACAGUUGCAGCUCUACUGACAAUGCAAGAAAUUAGAAGAGGAAGCUCUACUUACAGUCAGUAUUCUCUACCACCAAUCAACAUGCCUGCAGACUCGGAUCUCAUCCAGUUAGUCCAACUCAACCCUCCCAUAGCAAUAAUCUAGUGAGAGCUAGUAGCUAGGGAGUUAAGCAGACAAACUGGAGAUAGCUUUAUAUAAUAUAUAUACAGGAUAGCACAGGAACUGGAAAAUGAUCACACGAUUCUUAUGUAAUCGUUUCAGAGAACCUGCUACAGACUACUGUCAUAUAUCUUAUCAUAUAUGGUACUAGGUAGCAAGGAGAAGAGUUAUGUACGUUUUAGUAAUUAGUCUUUUUGUAAUGUGGUUUGGUUCAUAAUAGUUGGAGAAACCAUAUGUUAGAGUUGAUCAGAGGAUCGAUCACAGGUCAAUAUUUCAUUAGCUAGAG